CAGUCGAAUAUAAUCAAAGGAGAUUGAAAAUCUAAGUGUAAUGUACAGUCUUGUGCUAAAAAAUACGAAACUGCUCGAAUUAAAUACUAAAAUAUAUAUCUUUAGUGCCUAUUAUAAUUUUGUGUUUUAUAUAGGUGUGUUAUUUAAAUAAGUGUAUGGUUCUAGAUUUUAAAACGAAUACAAAUGAACUUCCAAACACCGCGACUUCCGAUCGGCGAGGAAGACCUUCUCAGCUCCCCAUCCUCAGAUGAGAAGAUGGAUACCGGUUCCGAAUCUUUACAUUCAACACAAAACACUCCAAACUCCAUACUCUCUGAUUCCGACGAUCGUGAAACUGAAGUCUUGAGAUUACAAAACCCUAAUGUGUUAAGACUAUCAGAACCAGAAAAAAUGGACAAUAAUAUUCAAUCAGAGCUUAGCGAUAGUUUGAUAUCACGGAUGUCAACAUUAACACUAGAUUCACCAGCUAACAGACUAAAACACCUAGGUAUUUCACCGCCUAGACUUAGUUCUACUCUUACUUCAACUACAGACCACCCAUUAAUGGGCUUAGGGAGUCCGGAUGGUAAUUUUCCAGAUGUUGUACCCAAAAAGAUACCUAAAACUGAGGAAGAAAAGGACUUAAGUCUGUCAAGCAUAGAAGAUGAGCGAGGUGCAACAAAUGGGUAUGAAUUCUAUUCCCCUCAACAAAAUACUUCAAAAAAUAACUUAUAUUUCACUGAGAAUUUUGUAACAGCGGACAGUCAGAUUUUAAGUGACUCUUUAAAUGUUCCUCCGGAUGUCGCAAGGGUUAGAAGGAAGAUAGUUGCCAAGUUGUCUCUUUUAGAUACACCCCCUAAAACGUCAACACUUAAAGUGAAUUUGAACCUUACCCCUGAGAUGAAUAGAGGUGGAAGUGCCAUAAAGAUUGAGGAAAAUAAGAGGGUGCCUAGUCAAAGGCUAUGUUUAGAUGUUUCCGAGCAAGAAGAAUUUCAUUCUGCGAUAGAGUGGUGCGAGUCCCCAACGCACGUACGUGCUGUGCCUAACUUCGAACUGCCCAUAGAAAUGUCUAGCAAUAUUGGUAUGAAUAAUGAUCUCGGCUCCCCGGAUGUGAUAUCCACGUCGACGCAAGAAGACAAGUCGCUCUACCAGGCUUUGCUCGAUCCGUAUACAGGCUCCGUAGCGCUGCGUCACACGCCGCAUAGGAAAACCACUACUAGACGGAAGGUGCAACCACCUCCGGAAGACGAUGAUGAUUGCUGCAGCUUGGAGAGCUUAAGCGGCUGUUCGAUGGAGUCUGAAGAUGAGCCGCCCCCACUGCUGUCCGCGCCUGAACCGCCCAGCGAAGAAGAUAAUACUAAACGAUCAAAGUCAACGAACACUGUGAGCGAAUGCAGCGACCCCAUUCCUGAGUAUUCCGCGGCGGACGAGUUCCGAGACGAGCGCUCGUGGCUCUCUGUCGCGGUCCAGCAUAGCGGGGGACGGGUCACGUGCGAUAUGAAGGUGAUCGAGCCGUUCAAGCGGGUGGUGUCCCACGGGGGCUACUCCGCGGACGGCGCGGCGCUCAUCGUGUUUAGCGCGUGCCACUUGCCGGACAACGCGCGCCCCGACUACAAAUACGUCAUGGACAACUUGUUCCUCUACGUGAUGUGGAGCCUGGAGCGGCUGGUGACGGACGAGUACGUGCUGGUGUACCUGCACGGCAGCGCGGGCCGGCGCCGCUUGCCGUCGUGCGCCUGGCUGCACGAGUGCUACAAGCUGGUCGACCGCAGGUUAAGAAAAAGUCUGAAACAUUUGUACCUGGUCCAUCCCACCUUCUGGUUGAAAUCAUUCGUCAUCAUCACCAAGCCAUUUGUUAGCUCGAAAUUUUUCCGAAAACUUACCUACAUCAAAAGUCUGAACGAGCUAUUGGAGAAAGUUCCGGUCGAACCAAAUGCCAUACCGGAUAUCGUGAAAAAUUUCGACGCGCACAGGCGAUAGGAAAGAUAAACACGUCGCUCUAGUCGAAGAAAGGAUGUGACUGACAGAAAAUUAUCACUAAAUUCUCAUUAUUUCAUAGUUUAAAAAAAAUUGGUUGGUAUUAGUAAUCUUAAUGUGAACUAAUCGGAGUCAUAAGACAUAUUUAAAAGAGUUAAUUCAGACAAAUUGAGAAAUUAUGAUAUUGUUAACGCGGGUAAAACCACGGGACACAGCUAGGUAAAAUAAAUAAAAGUGUACCAACAUAAUUUUUCUAUUGAAUCGUGAAAGCAAGAAUUUUAUAAAAAAAUGUCAGUUACUAUUUUUUUCAACUGGGUAGACGAUACAAUACGUACCUUCAUUUUAUAACUAUUAUAUAUACAUAUAUAAGAUUAAAUUAAUGUAAUUUCUCACAAAUAGAAGGCAUUAGUUCAAAAAUAAGCUACAAAGUACCACACGCACAGGUUUUUUAAUGACUUUUGAAAAAUUGUUUUUGUACUCUGGCGAUGUCAUAAUAGCUUUACAUUAAAUAUAUUUAUUUUUUAAUAAUUAGGUAACCAUUAACCAACAAUUAUUCUUUGAGAUAUGAAUAGAUCUCGUCGGUGACAGGAUUCUUCUCUAAUAGGGGAAAGCAUUUAGAGCUGUCGCCCACCCCUCUGCUCUAAAACGGGUUGGUUAUACGUUUUUUGCAAUUGUAGUGGUUUUUAGUAGUAUUUUUAAAAAGAGGCAGAGUAAUGUGUACCUUAUUAAUCUUUCACUUAAAGCGCGUCUGCAGCUCUGGCGGGACAUUUGCAAAAAAAACAAUCGCACACAGUUUAUUACUUUUAAUAUUCAAUUCAUUUCUAGUUUGCUUACUCUACUUGAAACGUCAAGUCAGUCUAUUUGUAGUGACUCUACCACCGGUUCGGAAGGCAGAUUCUACCGAGAAGAUGCGGCAAGAAACUCAGUUUCCAACUUUUCCAACAUUAAGAAUUAUUUUUCAUCUUCCAUUUGUUAUUUUAAUAGCAUAAGGUACAUUUUACUUUGGCGUUCGAAGAUGACUCAACAGGCGUGACGGUAAAAAUCCAUAACUUACCCUAAGUUAUGGAUUUUUACUUUUCUAUUCUAAUUAGGUAUAACCUAUUCUAAUUAGCUAUCAAAGAAUAGCGGUAUAAAAGGCUGUUGUUUACUAUCUCAUUCGCACAAUAUUCGCUUCGCUUUCGCUUGGUUGUCACCGUGUAUUUUGUUUGUUUAAACUUUUGAGAGAGAAUUUCUUUAAAUGUUGAUUUAAUAAAUAAGUUAAUGAAUGCUGAAAUAUCGCACGGACACAGUAUCCGCUUUCUAACUAGUCAAGUAUACGGCAUCGUAUCCGAACGUUACAACGCUUAAUAGUAAUGCGGCGCGACCGAAACCGAACAUCAGAUAAAUCAGAGUUUAAACAAGAUAAUGUCUUAAAAAUAACAAAAAUGUCUUAGACCCAUGACAAGAAUACAAAGGUUUAAAAACUCAAAGAAUAUUGAUUGGUGAAUGGUUUUUAAAUAAAUUUAAAAAAUGCAAUAAUAGCUAUUUUGUAAGAAUGUCACUGUUAACAUGAUAAUAUGCUACUAAUUGUUGAUGAAAUAUUGUAUUAGUGCAAAAAAUUCUCAAUAAUUUAUUUUUAAAAUAUCUUUGUUAAAUCACUCAGUAAGUUCAAAAUGUUUACUAAACAUAUAGUUAUAGACAUAACAUAACAAUAUAAAACCUUCGUGUCCACACGAAGGUUUUAUAAACAUAAAGUCCACAUAAAGGAACAUUUUUUUUUUUUUAGUUGAUUAAUAUUUUGAGAAUAAACGUUUUUUUUUUUUUUUUUAUAAAUACAAUUAGUAGUAUAACAUCAUUUAAUAAGGCUUGAGUGAUUAGAAUAAAUAAUGUGAGUUUUUGUAAUAGCUUUUAUAAGUUUUUUGCACAUUUUGAAAAAAAAACGAAAAACUAAUUUUAGUGGUAGGUGUAAAAGUAUUGCAGUAACAUUAGUUAUAUGAAUGUUAGUUAAACAAUAUAGAGAAAGUAGUACAUUCCAUAGGGCAUUUGAAUUGAUAUGAUACUAUUUUUUUAGAUUAUAAAAAAAAACCUAGAAUCUCUAUUUUUUUCCACCUUAAAUCUCUGCUAGAAAAAUAUCUAUUUUUAUUAUUAAGUUAAUUUUAAAUUUAUAAUAGAAUAUUAAUAUUCAUACAAGUGAUGCCAUAUCAAAAUAAAUAAAUUCUAUUUACAGUAUUAGAGCUUUUAUGAGUUACAGCGACUGAAAACAUUUAUUGGCCAUUGAUAUAUAGAUGUUUGUUUACCUUUACAUUUAAAAUAUAACCAAAGGAGACUGCUAUCUCUCACACCAAUAUGACAUAUACUCAACAACCAAUAGAGAUGUUUCCUGCGUUAAUAAGGAGCGCUUUGAUUGGCUAAAAUAUUUGUGUAGUUGAAACUAUAAAAGCGCUAGUACAUAAUUAAUUUUUAAUGAAAAAAGUAUUUUGUUGUAUUAAAGAAAAAAAUUAAGAUAUAUUUUUUUUAAUGCAAAUCGUUUUAAGUUUUUUUGGAAAUAUUCCAGUUAUUCAGUAAACCCAUUCCAGUGCUGGAAUGAAAUGAAUGCAGAAUUAAUUAAUUGAUAAUUUUUUAGUUAAUGGUUAACGGCAGUCUUCUGAAUCCAAGCAUUCCGCAAACUUUAUUGAAUAAUCCUUAAUUAAUAUUAAUAAUGCGAAAGUACGUUUUAUUUGUUAGUUUGUCUGUCGUAAAAUUAGAAAACAGGUCGGAGAGUAACAUAGAUUGCUUUUUAUCCUUAUUAAUUGAGAUUGAUUGCAUCAACAUAUCUCCAGAUUUUUAUUCACAUAUAUAUAUCAUAUUAUUAGAUUACAAGAAAAACAUAAGUUUAAAAGAAUUAUUUACUAUUUGUAUAUUAUAAAUUGAUUAUAAUUGCUGAAGAAAAAAAAUCUAUAUAUUAAACGUUAAUUUAAAUUAAGUAUUUAAACUUGAAACUGUGGAAUGGGAUUUUACAGAUUUUUUUAAUUUAAUGCUUGAUAUACAAGUGUGUACACGACGUAGCACUGUCAGCGACUGACUGAAUUCUGGGCAGUCACCUUGUUUUAAUAUCGCACACUUGUAUAACUUGUGUAUCGCACACUUGUACUUUAAACACUAGCCAUAAACAAAGUAUCUUUAUUUUAUUUAGUACUAUUUUUAAACACGACUUGUUCCCCCUAUACCCUCCAACUAGUAAGAGUUUUUUUUGCCAGGAAUGAGUAGUCUUAGGAAUAAUAAGAAAUAAGUUUAAUUUUGCCAUAACUAUGCCGAUAUUAUUAUAAUUAAUUUAAGAACAUUUGGUGCUUUUAUUUUUGAUUAUUUCCUUCAAUAAUAAAUAGGAUCUCACAAAUUAAUAUUUGAUUGUGUCGAUUUUAAGAAAUACAUAUGUAUGAUAAACUUUCUGGACCAAUAAGAUGUUUCGAUAAUCAAAAAAAAGAUUUUAGUGAUAUGAUAUUAACAUUUUGUCUGCGCCAUUAAGUUUCAUAUACAUAUAUAUAUAUAUA